CUCCUGCGGCAAUUUCCGUCCCGGAGGGCAAAGGCAGGCAGCCGGCGCGGGACGGCUCCGGGAGGAUUGCGGUGCACGCGCGACAGCAGCCUGGGGACUCCCUGAAAGCAGAGCGGAGGGGCCCCCGAAAGUGUAGCGACCCGAGCCCUGUCCGGCUCCUCCAUGCUUGGCUGGAGGCGGCUGGCUCUGGCCGGCUCCCAGGCGCUGCGCCGCGGCGCCGGGGGCCUGGAUGCUGCCGGGCGCUUCGGGGACAGUUUUUGUUUGUGCAGAACAGACCUCUGGCUUUUAGUUAGAAGUCUCCAUGGCAAGAGUAGCACUUGGUGGGAUGAGCACCUUUCUGAAGAAAACGUUUCGUUCGUGAAGCAGUUGGCCUCCGAUGAAGAUAAAGCCCAGUUAGCGAGUAAACUGUGUCCUCUGAAAGAUGAACCGUGGCCUAGACAUCCUUGGGAACCAGGUUCCUCUCGAGUAGGCCUUGUCGCGGUGAAGCUGGGCAUGAUGCCUUUCUGGACCAAAGAUGGUCAAAAGCAUGUGGCCACAUUACUUCAGGUACAAGACUGUCAUGUCCUACGAUAUACUCCAAAGGAAAACAAUGAUGGGAAAAUGGCAGCCCUCACUGUAGGAGGAAAAACCGUAUCCCGUUUUUAUAAAUCUACAUCCAGAUUGGAAUUUUACCAAGAACUUGGAUUGCCACCAAAACAGAAAAUUAAAAUCUUUCGUGUAACAGAUAAUGCUGUAAUUAAGCCAGGCACUCCUCUUUAUGCUGCUCACUUUCGCCCAGGACAGUAUGUGGAUGUCACAGCCAAAACCAUUGGUAAAGGUUUUCAAGGCGUCAUGAAACGAUGGGGAUUUAAAGGCCAGCCUGCUACUCAUGGUCAAACGAAAACUCACAGGAGACCUGGAGCUAUUUCAACUGGUGAUGUCGCCAGAGUCUGGCCUGGAACUAAAAUGCCUGGGAAAAUGGGAAACAGAGAUAGGACAGAAUUUGGACUGAAAGUGUGGAGAAUAAAUACAAAGCACAAUAUAAUCUAUGUAAAUGGCUCUGUACCUGGACAUAAAAAUUGCUUAGUAAAGAUCAAAGAUUCUAAACUACCUGCAUAUAAGGAUUUCUGCAAAAAUCUACCAUUCCCUACAUAUUUUCCUGAUGGAGAUGACGAGGAACUACCAGAAAAUUUAUAUGAUGAAAAUGUGUGUCUGCCCAGUGCACCUUCUAUUACAUUUGCCUAACCCCUUUGGGCAUGGCAGAACCUCACCCUCACAUAUUUUAUUAGCUUUGAUAAGCCAGAACAAUAACAUAGCCAGGAAUUAUAUUUUGCUUUCUUAGUCAAAACAAUAUCACACUUGUCACCUUUGUCAAGGGCAAUAAUAUGUCAUUCAUCCCCCAGUGGAAUUUUUUAAAAUUAACACAUUAAAUAAAUCAAUUAAGUAGAUUGACUAUGCCAAAUUUAGAUGGACUGGCAGUGUGCAUAUUAAAAUCUUUGUAAUUUGUGGAUUUCAUUUUUUUUUCCUGUGUAUUUUUCAAGUUAUCUUAAGAUGUUCAUAAAUUUAACUUUUAUUAAAGAUUUGUUUUUGUGAAAUCAUGGUUAUGGAUAACAAUGGCAAAGCAUAGGGGGACUAUGGUAUAACCUAUUUGGAUAAUAAAAUCCAUUUCCUAAAA